AUGUCACAAAAUAGUCCGACGGCGGAUGCUGCAUCGUUGCCCGAGCCAAAUGCCAUUGAAAAGAAUGUGUUCGUCGAUGGUACCGAUAUUCUUGGAGAUGAAGCAUUACCAAUCGACCCAGAGAUCGAAAGAAGAGUAUUGAGAAAAAUCGACCUAUUUCUCAUGCCCGCAAUGGUCAUCGGCUAUGGAUUGGUUUACUACGAUAAAGCCCUUCUCGGAAAUGCUGCUCUGUUUGGAAUGACCACAGAUCUUCAGCUUUCCGUCACUGAUACCUCUGUCAACCCUCCCACGACUGACACUUCUAGACUAAGCUGGGCAACUUCAAUCUUCUACUUUGGUCAAUUAGCCGGCUCUUAUCCUCUGACAUACGCACUGCAACAUUUCAACACAAGAUAUGUUCUCGGCCCAGUGGUCAUGCUCUGGGCUAUCAUUUGUGCAUCUACCGCCAGCGUGACAACCUGGCAAGGCCUCUUUGUACAACGAUUUUUUCUGGGCUUCACUGAAUCAAUAAUUCCAACUUGUUUUAUGGUGACCGUCAGUGGCUUCUAUACACAAUCAGAACAAGCUCUACGACAAAGUUGGUGGUGGUCAGGAACUGGCUGGUUCACUAUCAUAGGUGGUGCUAUAAGUUACGGGUUCGCUCAAGUUGAGGGAUCACUGAAGCCAUGGCAGUAUGUGUUCGUAUUUGCCGGAGCUCUGACAUUCCUCUUCGGGAUUUGGUGUUUCUUCCUCCCAAAUUCGCCUCUCAACGCGUGGUUCUUGAAUCCUGAGGAGCGGAUCGUGGCUGCAGAGAGGUUGCGGGCUGGCCAAACUGGACUCAAUAACAAGACAAUCAAAUUUUCACAAAUCAAGGAAGCGGUUUUUGAUGUUAAGCUUUGGUUGGUGGCAAUUACAAUGGCAUCUGCGUAUACCGUCAAUGGUGCAGUUUCUGGCUUCGGUCCACUGAUCGUGUCAACGUUUGGUUACUCUACUUUAGAAAGUAUCCUCUUUCAAUUCCCUCUGGGUGGCCUCUCGGGUAUAGGUAUCGUCUCAACUGGCUGGUUAUGCUCAAAGUAUCGCAAUAUUAGGGUCAUAACUUUGGUUCUCUGCUGUCUACCAGUAAUUGCUGGGUUUGCUAUGAUUUGGAAAUCGACUUGGGGUUAUAGGCCGGCCGUACCUGUGGCAGGAUAUACACUACUUGGCUUUUUUGGGCCUGUCGUAGGCCUGACAAUCUCACUCGGAGCCGGAAACGUUGCAGGUGGCACCAAGCGCAGCUUCAUGGCAUCGGCCAUAUUUGUAGCCUAUUGUGUGGGCAAUAUUAUAGGUCCUCAGUUGAUACGCAGCCAAACAAAAAACCAGCACUACCCGGAGCUAUGGACUGGUCUGAUUAUCUGGUCAGUUCUCUAA